GUCAUUUCAGCUCCGAGCUCAGAGUCAGUGAGGAGGGAGAGCUGAGCGGGGACGGACGCUGCUGCUCGGUCCGGUGGAUACAAACCAAGAUGAUCUUCUUCUAAAAUUAAAACCUCGUCUUUUAAAACAAACCGAAUAGGUCCGGGAACAUCCGUUAUAAAAAAAAAAAAAAAAGGCUCGUGAAUCCAGCUCGUGGUGAGGAGACAGAUGAGUCCGCGGUGUCUGUAGGUUGGUCUUGUCUUUGUUCGGCUGUGACAUCUGUCCCUCACCUCCAAAAAUGGAUCAUUUAGAGAAGGAGCACAGGUCGGACGAGGAGGCUGAAUAUGAAGACGAGGAGGUGGAUCCCAGGAUUCAGGGGGAGCUGGAGAAACUAAACCAGUCCACCGACGACAUCAACAGAUGUGAGACGGAGCUGGAGGAUGCGAGGCAGAAGUUCCGCUCUGUUCUGGUGGAGGCCACGGUGAAGCUGGACGAACUGGUGAAGAAGAUCGGCAAGGCUGUGGAGGAGUCGAAGCCUUACUGGGAAGCUCGCCGGCUGGCCAGACAGGCUCAGCUGGAGGCCCAGAAGGCCACGCAGGACUUCCAGAGAGCCACCGAGGUUCUCCGGGCGGCGAAGGAGACCAUCUCCCUGGCCGAGCAGAGGCUCCUGGAGGAGGACAACCGGCAGUUCGACUCCGCCUGGCAGGAGAUGCUGAACCACGCGACCCAGCGGGUGAUGGAGGCGGAGCACACAAAGACGAGAAGCGAACUGCUGCAUAAGGAGACGGCGGCCAAAUACACGGCGGCGAUCGGCCGCAUGAAGCAGCUGGAGAAGAAACUCAAACGCACCAUCAACAAGUCCAAGCCGUACUUUGAGAUGAAGGCCAAGUACUAUCUGCAGCUGGAGAACCUGAAGAAGAAUGUGGACGAGCGACAGGCCAAACUGUCCCAGGCCAAAGGCGAGUACAAGACGGCUCUCAGGAACCUGGAGAUGAUCUCCGACGAGAUCCACGAGCGACGCCGCAGCUCCGCCAUGGGCCCGCGGGGGCGAGGCGUGGGCGCCGAGGGCGACAGCGUCUCCGGGGACGAUAUCUCCAGCUUUAAGAUGGAAUCUGACGGGAUUUCCAUGACGUCCGUGUGUUUCGAAGACGAGGCGUGUGGCGGCGGCGGCAGCAUCAUGUCGGAGGAAGACUCGGAGACUCACUCCACCUGCAGCCUGGGUUCGUCUCCCAGCAGCCCUCAGGAGCUCCUGUCGCCCUGCCCCUUCGCCAGCUCUUCUUCCUCCUCCUCCUCCUCCUCCUGCACAUCCUCGUCCUCCGCCUCUCCGUCGCCCACUCCCUCCUCCUCCUCGUCCUCCCCGGCUCCUCUGUCCAGGCCCUGCAGUCUGGACCUCCCCAGCACCGUGUCGCUGUCCGACUUCGGCCUCAUCUCGCCGGUGCUCGGGCCUCGCAGCGAGUGCAGCGGAGCGUCGUCGCCUGAAUGCGACCUGGAGAGAGGUGAACGGGCGGAAGGUGCAGAGGGGGAUUUGGACAACGCUCCCGCCGCCGCCACCAACAACAACAUCAGCUCCACAUCCAGCACCAAGAAGAGCUUCAGCCUGGAGGCACGCUUCAGCUUUCUGAACCUGCGACGCCCGCGCGCCGCCAGCGCCAAAAACACGGACAACUGUUCCCAGAAGGCCGAGGCCGGGCAGAGCGGCGUGGUCUUGGUCAAAGGAGUCUGAAGAAUUUAGAUUUUGACUCUGCCUCGACUCGUUCUGACCUAAAUUCUCUGAUAAACUAUUAUGAGCUGUUUAUAAGCUACCUGCCACAACUGCACUCCAUUUCCAAACUCCAUGGUCAAAGACAGACUUUGAAUGUCUUAGUCGGUGUAUGUAAAGUUUCCUGUACAUCUUGGCAGCGUUGUUACCCCCCCAUUUCCCUUUUAUGAAGGACUUUGCACCUUUGGACUCUCGAGCCUGAGAAAUAAAGAGCACUGUUAUGUUGAAAAUGUGUUGGUGAAGGGUGAAAACGCUUCUGUCACAAAAGCAAACGUACACUAGCUGCCUGCGUACGACCUUUUGACUUGGGGAUCAUCUUAAAACUGUUGUAUCCUUAUUGAUUAAAUAACUGGUAUAACUGUUGUUGAAAUUGAGAAUUUAUUACUGUUUCAAUGGCACUUGGCAUGCUUUAAACCAUGCAGAGGUGAUUUGUGUUUAGUUCAACAGUUAAAGGAAUUUAAGUCACAUGUGGAGAUGUUCAAUAAAUAACUGGUCUCUUAA